CAGGUAUCCUGUGAAGAAGAGAGUUAAGUAAAAUGUAAAUUCAUCAAAGAAAUUUGAUUUCGCUUGGAAUACUAAAGGGGGAAACUUCUAUGAUGGAUUUAUUUAGUUUGCUGCCUAUUUUGCUAUCAAUUACAAUAUUUAGUCUAGCUUCAACUGAUGAUUCCUGUUCUAUAAAUGAAGAAAUUAGCAUUGAACAGGGAGAAGCCGUCAUCAUAUCUAGCCCAGGAUUUGAAAAAUUUCAUUAUCCUAUUGAUUCCUUGUGUUCUUGGGUUAUAAAUGGUGUUUCUGGAUCGAAUCGAAGGCUGCUUAUCGAAUUUCUUCUUAUUUCGAUUUGGCCGUCAUAUAACUGUUUAUUUGACGGCAUAAUUCUAUUUGAUGGUAACACUACAGCUGACCCAAUAUUAGGAAAGUUUUGUACCGGUACGCCAUCAUUUAAUUUAACUACCAGUGGACCCCAUCUUCAUGCUAUAUUUUACAGUAGUGAUCUAGCCAUGUAUCCAUUUAGAGGAUUUCAGAUACGGAUAACAGAUAUGGAUCCAGAAGAAAAAUGUACCGACGAAGAAAUUAUAUGCCAUAACAAAAAAUGUGUAAAAAAGAAUUUAAUGUGCGAUAGACAAGACGAUUGUGGCGACGGAACUGACGAGGAAUCAUGCGGUUACACCGUACGACACUCUGCACCGUGUGGGCUGGCUCCAAUUGCGCCAGAUAUCGGAAAUGGUGACAGAAUAGUGGGAGGAAGAGCCGCUAUUCCUGGAAGUUGGCCUUGGCAAUGCUCUCUGAGACGUAAAGGAAAUAGUCUGUAUGGCCAUUUGUGUGGCGCAGCUUUAAUAAAUGACCAGUGGGCCCUCACUGCAGCACACUGUUUCAGAGAUCGUAAUAAUGCCAGCUUGUGGACAGUUCAUCUGGGAAAGUUUUUCAAAGAAACAGAUGAAUCCACAGAACAAGUGAGGUACAUAAAAGAAAUCUUAAUUCAUCCAAAAUAUACUGGAUUGUCAUGGGAUCCCCUCUUGAUGGGCAAUAAAGAGAAUGACAUAGCACUCAUUAGAUUAAAUGCUCCUGUUACUAUGACGCCUUUUGUUCGUCCCAUCUGUUUGCCACCUUGGCAAAUAAAGCUACCCAUAGGCACUGUAUGUCAUGUUACUGGCUGGGGAGAAACUUUAGGAACGGGUAACGCAGAUGUCCUAAAACAAGCUGCUGUUCCAAUAGUAUCUCGUGAAAUGUGUCAAAAAUCAUAUGGUACUAUCAACAUAUCAAGAAGCAUGGUAUGCGCAGGAUAUCCAGAAGGAGGACAUGAUUCUUGUAAGGGAGACAGUGGUGGCCCUUUGGCAAUUAAGAAGAGAAAGCGUUGGUAUCUAGUUGGACUUGUGUCAUCAGGAGGGGAUUGUGCUUCUCCCAUGCAACCAGGAAUCUACACACAAGUUUCUUCUUUUAAAACAUGGAUAUCCAGAAUGAUAUGGACUCAUUUAUGAGGACAAUCAACAAAUAAUUUCGCACAAAAGGUUAAGA